GGCUGCAGGCGGCGGCGCAGACCAUCUGGCCCCAGGCGCGCGUCAGCGGCGGCUGGUUUCACUACGCCAAGGCUGUGCUGGAUCAGAUCCGACGGGUGGGUCUCGUGGCCGAGUACAAGCAGCCAGCUACCGACUUCGGGAAGUGGGCGAGGGAGCUGCUGACGGUGCCGCUCGUGCCUGCCGACCGCCUGGAGGACGUGUGGGCCCUGCUGCUGGACCGGGAGGCGCCAGAGACGGCGCCGGAGCUGAGGCCCCAGGUGGACCUGCUGAGGCGCUACAUGCAGGAGUGGCGGCAGCUGGAGGCUGAGCGGCUCUGUGUCCACGGCCAGCCCCGCCGCGUUAGCGACUACGCCAAGGACGUUGUGGCGGCAUUGGCGAGCAAAUUUUCGUCGGCGCAUCCCAACUUCUGGCUCUUCGUGGAGAAAACCAACCUUGCCAUCAACGACGCAAACAGACAUGGCGAGGCUGCACAGCUGCGGCAGCUGACGGAGGUCAGGAGUCUGCGCGACAACCGACAGCAACUCCAGGCCAAGCUGGCCUCGCUGAUCAAGGGUCUGGAAGAAGGACUUCCACUGGAAAAGUACAUCGGGGCCCGGGCGAACGUCGGGAAGCUCGCCGCGCCCACCACCGACCAGCACGGCAAGCCCAGCGCGGUCGCUGUCCUGGUCGAGCAUGACUAA